UUUCAAAGUGAAACAAGUAAAAAUUUUAUUGAACGUAGAAUCAAUUAGAUCAAUCAACUCAUACAUCUUUUUUUGACGAUACAUAAUAAAGUCACAGAAAAUAGAAAACGAUGUUUUUAACCGGAGAGAAAGUGAUGACAGAUUUAGACUUAAGCAAUAAAUAAUUACAUUCAGCCAGUUAAAAUAAAAAUUACACGCAUUUUCGAGUUGAUCUGCUACUGCUUUUUUCCCCCUGAUAAAUUGCCAGUGAAUGCAAAUUAUUUUUCCUCAUCUAUGCACAACUGCUUGAAUUCGCUGCUGUCUUCGUGACAGUCGUCAUUGACAACAAUAGCAAAAACGCAAAAAUUAAAACCAAAGAAUAAGAAUAAUUACAAUAAACAACAGAUAGAAGACAUCUCAAUCAAAUAGAUGAAGAUAAAACUGAUUUUUCAGUUAACUAAAUUAUGUUUCGUACUGUGGUCGACAUGAACAACAAUCGUCAUCUAAUAUUGAUGAACGCCAGCAAAUUCCAUUGAAAUCUCAAAAAUAACCAGAGAGCAUAAAUUAAAAGGCUGAAAGCAAUCGGAAUAAAUGUUUCAAACUGAUAUACUAGCACUAAUAUUUCUAUGCUUCCUACUCAUUUUGUUGGCUCUUUGCUAUUUAGUGUUUUACACUGGUACAGAAGAAACUGCAAUGAAACGAAGAAAACGUCUUAGAUCUAUGAGUAAACAGUUGAAUAGCAAAAGUGUUCGAAGUGAAGUUGCUCGUUUUUACAGUUCCGAUAAGCAGACCCAUCAGAAUAUGAGCUCGUGUUCUAGUGAAUACGGUGAUACUGUUGGUGCUACCGCCGCUACUACUGAUGUUGAACGUGGCGCUUAUGGAAGCUGCAAUAAUAGGAAUCACUCGAAAAGGGAUUCAAUUGGAAACUUAAGUUUGAAAGCAAUAAAAGAAAUCCUUAAACCUCAACAGAGGCAGCCACGUUAUAGUCUACAACACGUAUCGCUGCAUCAUUCAUAUGAAAAUGAACACACUCCCUUCAGCCAAAACAAUCAAGGUAUGAGACUUGUCUUUGGUCUUCAAACGCCACCAUUAAACAUAACUAAACCACAAGCAGUACAACCAGACAACAAAAUGUUUGCACCAAAGCAAAGACUUAUCAGAGCUUUUUCUGAAAGUUGUACAACAAAGCUAAUCAAUCCUGAUAGUUCUGCAAGUCAGGUAGAUGCUGACAUUGGUGAUAACAAGAAAUUUUGUUCACCAGACAAUGAAACAAGAAGAGGUGGUCAUUUACCCAAGUUAAGUGAACCAAAUCUUGACAGACAUAUUUAUCCAUGGUUAAGCCGUACCAAGUUCAGUAAUGCUGUAUUUCAAGCCGAUAAAUCUGUAACCUCUUCCAGUGAGUCGAUGUGGUCUGAAGCUAGACGUCGUUUGAGCAGUACUGAAAAAUUGUUUGAUCCUGUUAUGCGGAUUUUGUCUACGAUACCACUGAAACACCCAAGUAAUGUAGAUACUACAUGGACAAAUUUCGUAAUGAAUCCAGAAACAAAUGGGCAUAUUUGUUUUUCACUAGUUUACACAUGCACUCUAGGCACUCUGAAUGUUACGAUCAACCGACUGAUUGGUGUCAAUAAUCUCAUCAAAGGUUCACAUAUUUUGCCAAGUCAAACACCAACAAACUUUGUUGUCAGUCUACGCUUACGACGUAGUGAAAGAUCAUCGAUUUAUAAGGAAUCAGAGAUGGAGGAAAGGAAAAAGAUGGAUCUGCAAGAGGAAAGUGAUGGUUUCCAUAAAAAGUAUUUCACGCAACCAGUGUUAACUUCAUUCAAUCCCAAUUUCGACCAGUCAUUUGUGUUUCCGAUCACCUUAAAUGAGUUGAAAAAAACUGAACUAGUUUUAACUGUGUUACAAUCAACGACGAUGAGUAAUUCUGUAGAAGGAUGUGUCAGUGCAGAGGGUGGCAGAAUACCAAGACGUAACAACUCAGUCACAUCAUAUCAUCAUCCACACUCCUACGGUGCUGACAAGUGUUCUCGAAAAGUCAAUAUGAUUUCCGAAGAGAUGCGAUGUGUUGGUGUAACAUUUUAUAAAUUGAAUCAGCAUGAACUAAUCAACUGUCCAGAAAAAAUGCAAAAUAUUUGGCAGGAAUUACGUAAGUUACCUGAAUUGAAAGGAGGAGAGUUUGACAUCGGUAGUGAUAAUGAAACCAGUAAAAGUACUGCGUCAACUAUUUCGGCAAACAACUCAUUCAACUAUGAGCCUGUUCGCUUUACUUUGAACAAAGAGGAACAUAGUGUGAACGAAAUAGAAAAUGAAAAUACCAUGGCUUAGACAAUAAUUAUACCAGUUCGCUGAAACGUUGUCCGGUAAUAUCAACUAGAAUUAUGCAUAGUAGCGUUGUUUCACUCAAAAUGCCUAGAAUACCUAAUCAAAACACCGGGAAAAAACAAACUAUUUACUCCGUCUUUGUAAUAUCGAUUCUUUUUCUAGUCGAAUAUCAUUUCAAGUGUUCCUCACAGCGGAAUCAUACGAAAGUCAAUGGCGAAAGUAUCUAUCCUGUAUAAAAGAGAAUUAUCUAUCCUUGAAAUUUCUGUGGAAGAGUUCAAAGAUUUGAAGAUACACAAUAAUGAGACUGAUAUGAUCUUCCAAGCAUUAUUCUGCUUGGGAAAUACAACCCUGUCUGUUGUCAAAGGGAAACCAUUCAAAAUAAAUAAACUGAAGAAUGACAAAGCCGUCAAUGAUAAAGAUGAAACAUACAGUUUCUUCGACAUAGCAAUCCCUUAUACUGAGCAUAUAUCAUUGAAUGUGGAUAUGAAUCGAUUAUUAAGCUAUAAUAAUAUUGGAGUCCUUUUCCAAAUAUUUGUUCGACCAGAGUUAUCAAAUCAAUCGAGACGUCUGGCAAAUAUUUCAGUCGGUCAAACCAAAGUAACCUACGAAAUGGCUCUACUUCAAUGGGGUGAUUUGGUUAAAGAAUUGAAACGACUAAAAAAUGAUAAUUUAUUCACUUCAACAAAGAAAAUAACUUAUUGGCAUUCUGUUGAUGCGCUGUGAUGUUUUAUUUCCACAGGCGACAAUAUUUCAGAUAUAACAUUGACUUUAAUUAUGUGAUUAUUUUAUCAGAAUUUUAAAAAUAACAUUCAUUGUAAGCUAGUCAUACAAAGACAUACCCCGUGACCACUAGAUAUUUACUAACAUGUAUUUGCUUGAAAUGACAAUUGAAGUGAAUUUCGUUUUUCUAAUAUCAAAGUGUUUAUAACUGUUGUUGACUGAGUCUUAUUUCACUUUUCCUGUGUAAAGUAUUUGUGUACCUCGCGGCAUAAUUUCAGUCGUGAUUCACAAGAUUACUAAUGUGAUGCUUCAUUUGCCAACUUAUGGAAUUUCUACGUGACAAGCGAAUAUUUAUAAUUCAUUAUAGGUUGAAUUAUUGAUGACAGAUAGUAAGUAGCAAUGCUAAAUUUUCAAAAGAAGUGCAAUGAAACAAAAUAUUGAUGUGGAAAAUAACUACCACAAAACAUCUUGUCACAAAACCUCCGACUAGUAGGUUCAUUUAGAAGCAGAUGCUUUUGAAAUGACUUCAAACACAUGUGUGAGUAUGAUACAAAAGAAAAGUGAUAUCAAAGUUGUUGUCCAACAGAAUUCCAGCUGUUUACAAACUGGAACAUAGCAUACUCCAGAUGAUUCAGUCAAAUCAAGACUUUUUAAACCAAAUAAAUGUCGAUAUUGACAUAUUAAUGGAAUAUAUAUGAGCAUAUAACUUAGCACUAAAACAUUUUCAAUCAAGAAACUUAGCACUUCACUCUGAUCUCUCUAAUUCACUCAAAUUGACAAUAUUUUCACGGUAUAUCUCAGAUAGUUUCAUUUGUUCUUUCCCACCAGGUGUACAGAAGAAAGUUGUUGUAAAAUAGUUUUGGUAUCGCAACACUUUUAUACAUGCGAAAUGUCAUUCUAUCAGUUUAAUUAUAUGAGAUACAAUUACAUAUGAGCAUUAUUCACAGUAGACUCGUCAUUUGAUAAUUUACCUGCGAUUUUAUUGAUUAUUUUAUUACAUUCAGACAAAACUACUCAUAUUCAUCAGACGAAGUUUACAUAGUCCACGCCUGUGGCAGAUAAGCAGUCCAUCGAAAAUCCAUUCAAAUUAUGCAACUCACAUUAUGUAUGUGAACGUGAUUUCAGACUACAAGGUAUUUGAUUAAUCACAGGAAUUUUGCGUAGGAGCUUCCAGUGGUAAAUAUUGCACUUAGUAGGAGUACUUUUUGUUUUCAUGUUGGACUUCUAUAUUUCGUAUUGCUCUAAUCAACUGAUUGUCAGGAUAUCAAUGAAGAUUAGAAAAGAAUAUAAGCCUCAGCAUUUGUUUCUUGUAAAGAUACACAAUAUUAUAAGGUGGAGGAUAGUUUUUAGACUGAACAGCCUUUACAGAUUAAUGCCUAGUCCAUAGUAAGAGAGCUUUCAGCAGGAGACUAGGUGUGUUGUUUCACGAAAACAAUUUAUUUGACUGGUAGGAGAGUUUGUUACAUAAAUUGUAUAUAAGUUUUAUUUAGAUUUCUCUAGUUUACUGUAUUAUAACAAAAUACCAGUCACAAUAUGCCUAAUUAACUAUGUUCUGCUUAGUCUUUGCCAAUUUUUAAACUGAAUAUUACAUAUUUUUGCCGGGAGGUUUAUUUUACUAUAUAACUGAAACAACUCUUAUUGAUGUAGUAAGCUUUUGUAUUUAUAAAAAAACAGAUGUGUUCAUUGGGAAGAUACAUUACAUAAAUAACAUGCACUG